AUGUUGCUCAUACACCAAGCCGGCAGUGUGAAGGUGGGAGAAGUGGUGCGAUUUACCUUGACCUACACGCCCAGCAACGAUCGCAUUCUGCCCAGUCCCUCGCACUUACAUCUAAAGAUCAAAAACACUUCGGCCAUACCUUUGCGCGCUGCUUACCUCCACGGUCCGUACAACUUGCACGUCGCGUCGUAUCCCGCUUCGUUCAACCCCAACCACAAAGUCGAGGAUCCGCAGACCGAGGGUGUGCCGGAUUUUGAACCGCUACUCAAAGCAGGCUCGAGCUGGUCCACCAAGUUGACUGUCCCCGAGAAGAUCCGAGAGACUGGCAACACGUUUGCAUCCGGCCGUCAGAACCGCCUGUCGCAACAUACCGACCGAGACGACAGCAAGAAAGAGCCGCCGAGCGCCACAUGGAUAAUAGAGGUCGCUUCACAGAUCCUGUUCUCCAACACUGCCGCUGUUCAUUUCGAGCUCCUGGUCGGUCGGGAUGAAAGGAGCUUAGACCUUGGAUUUGCCGCUGUUGCCGGCCACGGCCAUGGCACUCCUGGCCAGAUACAAGAUCACCAGAAGGACAGGCGCAGAGACCAUGCAGGUCAACAAAAAGGCCUGUACUCACGCGCUGUCAAGCUUGUCGUCGAGGACACUCAGGCACUCUGGGACAAGCCCGCCCUCCCUACCAACGACCUUCCGAAACAUGUCCGAUCCUCGAAAGAGUCGGUCCGCAAGUCCAAGGAAACAAAGGCUAGCAUCGAAGAGGCUCGAGAUGAGCCUCCCAAGAAGAAGAAGAAAAUCCACCUUGUAGUUCUCACUCAUGGUCUGCAUAGCAACAUCGGAGCCGACAUGUUGUACAUGAAAGAAAGCAUAGACGCCACUGUCAGGCAAGCGAGAAUCGACGCGAGAAAGAGAAAAGCCGCCUACAAGAAGUCUCAACAAGCCUCUGCUUCUUCGGAUCAGCCAGAUCCGUCGUCAGACGACAACCCAAACGAAGAAGCUACAACUGCCCCGCUUUCCGGAGGCCAAGAGGAUCUCGAUGAUGAUGGCGACGAGGACGAAGAGCAAGUCAUUGUGCGUGGUUUCAGCGGCAAUGCUGUCAAGACCGAGAAAGGUAUUCAGUACCUCGGGAAGCGUCUUGCAAAGUUUGUGCUGAACUUCACCUACCCCGACCAACCAUUCCAACCCGUCAAAAAGUCCAUGACCAGAUCCUUCACCGACCAGUUCAAAUCUCAGGCAACUAAAAUUGCCAGAGACGGCGAACCAGCACACCAAGGAAGUAGCAUCCACCACGAUGACAGCAAGGCCGAUGAGUUGCCGUAUACCUUUACCAGCAUCAGUUUUAUCGGGCACAGUCUUGGUGGUCUGAUUCAGACAUAUGCUGUUGCCUACAUCCAAAAGCAUGCACCGCAUUUCUUUGAACAGAUUCAGCCUACCAAUUUCAUCUGUAUGGCCUCUCCCAUGCUUGGCUUGAGUAACGAGAAUCCCAUGUAUGUAAAGUUUGCUCUAGAUUUCGGUCUGGUAGGGCGUACGGGACAAGAUCUUGGAUUGACAUGGCGCGCUCCCAACAUUGCCAAGAGCGGUUGGAACGCUAUGAUGGGAGGGUUUGGAGCUGGAUCCAAAGAGGAGCACCAAGAAGACCCAGGAGCAAAGCCUCUUUUGCGUAUCCUUCCUACUGGUCCUGCUCAUACUGUUUUGCGCAUGUUCCGCAACAGGACUGUGUACUCAAACGUCGUCAACGAUGGUAUCGUACCACUGCGGACUAGUUGUCUGCUGUUCCUCGAUUGGGGCGGUCUUGGUAAGGUAGACAAGGCACGCCGCGAGAACGGCCUGAUAGGUACAUUGGCCGAGUUCGGAUGGGCAGAGCUGACAGGUGCCAACGCAUUGCCGAAGGCACUCAAAAGCUCGGGUGUCGGAAGUGCCACUGGCAACGACGACGAAGGAUCUGGAGCUGACACUCCUACUCCCCAGGGAAAGCAGGGCAAUGAUGUCCCUCAACCUCCCUCGGAAGCGACCACAAACGAUAACAGAGAUUCUACAACUUCUGCCACUGAGCCUUCGAAGAGCCAAUUCUUGAGUACACAGGAUCACGGAAGUGGUGGCAGCUCCUCGACCAGUUCUGAAAAUCAGAGCGGUGGAAUCCUCAAUGGGUUGUUCAGCUUCUUCCGGCCUGGACCUACUCCUGAACGUCAGUCCUCAAGGACAACGAAGGCCGUGCGUCGUGGUCAAACGGUCGAUGUCAAGGGCGAUGGCGAGGGCCCCGAUGACAUUUCUGACCACGAAGUCCAUCAAAAGGUUCGCCGAAACAGUAGAGGCACGACAGAUAACCCAACGAUGAGGCCAAGCAAGCGUCCCGGUGCUACUCGAGGAGGUUCCAUGACCUCUAACCCCGACGCUCAAGCGCCGCCAAGUACUUCCAUCUUUGAGGCAGCCAGCGAUAUCCUGCACCCACCCAUUCCAUCGACCACUUGGCUUAUUGAUCCAGCUUCUCGCGAUCGCACCAUCUUCCAUGACAGAAUCUACCACCCCGAAGACAUCCCGCCGCCUCCGAUGAAGCGUCCCAAUAGACUUGGACGCUCUUUUUCAUCGGACUCUACAUCGUUUGGUAAAUCCCAGUCACGCGAUGACGCGGCUUCUAUCGAUACAGGAAACAUGAAGGUCGAAGAGAAGAUCGCGCGAGCAUACCACAAAGACCUGUCAUGGCGAAAAGUACUGGUGCGUCUCGAGCCCGAUGCGCACAACAACAUGAUCGUACGAAGAAUGUUUGCGAAUGCCUAUGGCUGGCCUGUAGUCAAGCAUCUUUGCGACACGCAUUUCGGAGAUACGUUCACUGCGACCACCAGGGACGAAGACGAGCCCGCAAUCGAUCGGGCCAAAGACUACUCGCAAGCCGAUCACGAUGCUGGAGAGGAAGUCAAAGGACAGAACGAGCUGAACCCUCUCCAAAGACGUGCGUCGGACAUGCGCGAGGACCGGGAUGAACUCAAACCACUUCAAGCCAGCGCCAGUGGUGCUAUUAAGCAUAAGCUCAACCCGCAAGGCUCUGCUGUAUGGGACGACAUCUAUUUCGAGGGCAGCGACGACGAUGAUGAUGAAGAGGAGGGCUAUGCAGCCAAAGUUCAAAGAUUCCUCCAUCUCAACCAAGGUGAAAGCGAUGGUGCGACAUGGGUAGGUGGCGGCGGUGCUCCGAAGAAACAGAGCACCGACAGCACUAUACGCCCUGCCAAACAGCGUCAGUCCGCCGAAGUCCAUCGCGGCCUUGGGCCUACUAGAAGCCAUGAGCCGUAUUCUCCUCGUCUGUCGACAUCCUCGAGUACCGGUCCUGUGUUGUCGCCCAAUUCGGCCAAUGGAGAGUUUACAGGCAAAGUCUUGACAGAAGAGCCACCUAGUAUGGAUGCUGGUGAGAGCAUGUUAAACAAGACCAAGCAGAGCAAUGUCGCUGGCGUGGGUCUGCAGAAGAACGUCGAAGAGGCUAUAUCACAGCCCAUGCCGGGCGCCGGUAAUGAAGCAGGUGUCAGUGAGCAAGUUGCUAGAAAGUCUGCAAAGUAG